CGGGUUGUAUUUAGGGAGGUUCGGAACAAAAAAGGAGGUGGUAAAUGAAUCAAACAGAAAGAGGGCGGAGUAUGGAUGGUUAUGGUGAUGGCGAUGAUGGUGAUGAUGGUGAUGGUGAUGGUGGUGAUGAUGAUGAUGGUGAUGAUGGUUAUGGUGAUGGUAAUGCCGAUGGUGAUGACGAUGGUGGUGGUGAUGAUGAUGGUGAUGUUGAUGGUGAUGGUCAUGGUGAUGGUGAUGGUGAUGGUGAUGUUGUUGGUGAUGGUGGUGAUGGUGACGAUGGUGACGAUGGUGACGAUGGAGAUUGUGAUGAUGGUGAUGGUGAUGAUGGGGCGAAGAUGAUGAAUGUGUGCUACUUAGGUCCAGCGGCUGCAGCUGCAGUGCAGCAGCCGGUCCAGCCACGGGCUCAGCAAGUCGAACAGAUUGGACCACAACAACCUUGGUAUCCCAAGACCCCAAUGAAACCUGCGACUGUCUUCAUAGGAGACAAGAAGGAUGAGGCCCUUGACACUUCGUUGAGGACAAUUCCAUUUUGGGUGAGGGUUAAGCGUAUUCUGCGUGAGGAUGAGGUGAUCACUGCCGCUUCUUAUUUAGAAGGAUCGACAACGGGAUGGCCGAACGGUUAUGUAGUGGUAAAGGGAUUUGCUGGGAGAAUGAACGAUUGGGCACAUACCCGGACUUUGGAAAACUUUAUGGACUUGGUGGAGGCGCGAUGGCACAACCCUCAGCAAGCUCAGCAAGUCACUGACGCGUUGGCCCGUCUUGAUACUGAGAAGAUCGGGCAGCUUCAAGACCUCAUGGUGAGUGAGAGCAUGCUUCAAGUGCUUGAAAGCAGCCUCACACCUGUCUGUCCACUCCCAUGGGGUGUCAAGGCGUGUGAGAUCCGACAAGGGCACAACCACUAUACUAAAGUUUUUCACGAAAUUGCGGUAAUAGAUGAUCAUACCCAAGACGGACCUCACCUUAGUUACAAACUGAGGGCGCGGCCUGUCACGAAUGCUGGCCACCUUCGCGUCAUUGGGCUUCAAUCGCUCCGCGAAAAUCUCAUGACCCAGAUACAAGAUCCGGGUGCGACCAAAGUCGCAUUUCUCCCGGUUGAUCUUGAACUGGUGCUGCCGAAGGAGACUGAGGACUUUGUCUACAUGGGCUGCAUGCUCCGCGACAGUCCUACUAAAGAUGAGUAUGUCAUCAAGGUACACGAUAGCAAACUUAUCCAAGUAGUCAUUAAAGUUCGGUUCAUCGCGUGCUGAAAGGUGGCAGGAGAAUUGCAAAGGCCGAAAGGCAUCACCACAAACUCGUACAGACCGUACCUCGUUUGAAAAAUGGUUUUGUGUUGAUCCUCGGGGCGGAUUGCAAUCUGAUGGUACCCGAACUUCAUAUCUACCUUACUGGAGUAUCGGCACCCUUGCACUAGGUCCAACAAGUCAUCAAUGCGCGGUAGGGGCUCUGCGUUCGUCACAGUGAUGCAAUUGAACCCCCUAUAAUCAAUGCACAUCCUCAAC